UUGAUAGAUCGAAGUGUGUGCCCGGUGGUUAACAUGGAGACUCGUCGACGAGCUGAGCAUGGUUCUUCGCUGGUCAGAGCCGCACAAGAGUCGAGCCUGAUGUCCAUAUGGUCGACAAGCACUGGACGCAAUUCAGUGUUUGGUGCGGAGAGCGGAGCGGUACUCCCCUCCUCGCACUUGCCGAUCCACGUACACGUGGCGCGCACACAUCUGCGCAACGCUGACGGCCACUGCUUCCACAAGCGGUUCCACGACUGUCAGCGCCCGUUGGUUUUUAUCCUACACGGGGCUUUUGGCAAGUUCUCCCGUUGGCACCAACGUUGCCAUCUACUUUCGUCGAAGAUGUCGCAGUCAGGAGAUGGCCUUCACACGCCGGGUUAUCUUUCAUGGAGAAAACUGCAACUCAGCCGAGCAAAACUUAAAGCUUCAAGCAAGACGUCUGCUCUACUUUCCGGUUUCGCCAUGGUCGCCAUGGUGGAAGUACAACUGAACUCCGACACAAAAGUACCUUCGGAGAUGUUAAUCGCGUUUGCCGUCUGCACGACGCUACUGGUCGCGGUUCACAUGCUAGCACUGAUGAUAUCGACGUGUAUAUUGCCAAACAUAGAGGCUGUCUGCAAUCUGCAUAGCAUAAGCUUGGUACACGAAUCGCCACACGAACGUUUGCACUGGUACAUCGAGGUGGCAUGGGCGUUUUCAACAUUACUGGGACUGUUAUUAUUUCUACUAGAGAUCGCCAUUCUCUGUUGGGUGAAAUUCUACGACUUCUCGCAAGUGGCCGCCUGGUCUGCCUGUAUCGUGUUGAUACCAGUGCUGAUAAUCUUCCUCGCGUUCGCGAUACACUUUUACCGAAGCCUGGUCGCUCAUAAGUACGAGGUCACAGUGUCCGGUAUAAGAGAACUAGAGUUACUUAAGGAACAAAUAGAGUCGACCGACGUCGAGGGUAGAAAUGGUGUGAACUUGUUGCAAACCGGCGGUGUGACGCACGUGGUUUGAACAGUGAAAUAUGAUCUGUGUUACUCUUCAAAUGUGAUAUAACCUCUGUUGGAGCUAAAUCUCUGCUAACGCAUGGCAACAAUUAAUAGUUGAAGCAGCCGAAAAGAACGGAUCAACAAAAAUUAGGAAUAUUGAGAAGAACUGUAUUUUAAAAUGUACCCUAGAAGUGUUUGUCGUCUGUGGAAAUCCUGAUCGCGAGUCAUAUGGGAAAAGACUUGUUUCGUCUGUUCCUCACGAACCUUUCGAUUCGCUUACAUGCAAUAAGUUUGAUUGGAAAUACGUUUCCUUCGACAAGCAACAUAACCUACUAUUCCCUAUAUAUUUAUCCAUUUAACGGUGGAUUGUACAAUUACCAGAAAGUGAAAAAUUCGAUGAAAG